AUGCGUCGCGCGGCCUUUCUGGGACAACGAGUAGCUCCAGUGAGCCAGACUCGCCACAAGCAUGACUCCUUGUUGCCUGCUGGCGCUGGCGGACGAUCAUCCUUCUCCGGUCAGGCUGCUACUGUCUUCGGCGCUACUGGACAAGUCGGCCACACUCUCGUCAACAACCUCGGACGAAUGGGAUCGUCAAUUGUUCUUCCCCACCGGAACUCUACCGAAGCUUGGAGAUCGAACGACUUGCGAUUGAUGGGCGAUCUCGGCACUCUUCAGUUUUACCAGCACUUCGAUGUCGCUCACCGAAGCGAUCGAGAAGUCAUGGAGACUAUUGAACAUUCCAACGUCGUCUACAACGUCAUCGGCACUCGAAGAGAGCUGAAGAACUACACUCGCCGCGAGACAAACGUCGACUGGCCCGAGCGACUUGCCAAGCUCGUUGCCGCCAAGGGCGACGGAACCAGACUGGUUCAUCUUGUCCCACUCAACACUGGCAACGAAGAAUACUGCAAGUACUCCAAGAUCUUGGAAGAGCACACCGAAGCUUGCGAGAAGAUUCGAGACGCCUACCCCGAUGCUAUCAUCGUCAAGUCUGCUGAUGUUGUCGGCUGGAACGACUACUACUGCAACUGGUGGUCGAUGAACAACGAGUAUUACCAGCGAUCGCUCUCGUAUAUCGGUGCCUUCCCACUUAUGUACGGUGGUGGUGCCCAAACCUACGUUUCCCCUAUUGUUCGACGAGAUCUGGGUCGCGCCCUCGCCAAGAUCGGUGCUCACCCCGACUCCGAUGGACACGACUUCGAACUCUUCGGAAACAAGGUCUUCAAGCUCGUCGAGCUGGUCGAAUUUAUGUACGACGUCAAGUGGCAAACGAUGCGACACUUGAACACUAAGCGAACGGCCAGCGCCCGAUGCGCCAGAUUGGAUGUUGAUAUGGACUACUUCCCUUACGAUCCCCUCGGCGAGCUUGUCGCUGACCCAGUCGACCUUACAACGAUGCAGAAACUCAAGCGAAAGCUCCUCCGACUCCACCUCGCCAAGCUCAACUGGCCACGAUUCAACGUCGCUGGCAUCCGAGCUCUUGACUACGUCCACCGAAACAAGUCGAUGUACGCCGACUGGACCAGCGAGGACCACUUUAACAUGAUGAACAUGUCUCACAAGCCUACCUUCGAGAACCCCGGCUUUGCCGAUAUCGGAGUUAAACUGAACGAUCCUCUUAUUGCUAUUCACGAGUGUAUGGCCAACUUUUCGCCCGGAGCUUACCCAUCUGGUUUUGGAUUAACCGACAACUUCAAACGACUUGAUCAAUUCGACCUUCCACCAACCUACGAAUGGGACGUCGUGCACACUCAGGAAGCGAAGAGACUGGCAUACGCAUAG